UGUCAUAAGAAACACUUUGUGAAAACGGAGCAGUUUGGGAAAUGUUCUGUGGGUUUUAGCCUGGUUCUGUGGACAAAGUUGAUGCAACAGCUCUGCCUCUCCCUCCUUUCUUUUCUUCCCAGCAACAAUCUCCAUCUUUCCUUCAGAAGUCAGUUGUUUGUAGCCAAACUUUGAGGCGUGGAAGACGAUAAACUCCUCCAGAGCUCAUAAAUAUGGGCGAGUAGGGAGAAAAGAGAGAUGCUGUUACUCCCACAGCAGUGCAGGAGCCUGUUAGACCCCGGCCAGCCCCGCUGGAGACCCUCGAGACGGCACCUGUGAGGAGGAGAAAGCUGCUGGGGUUUUCUAUGGGCAGCUGGAAGUAGCCUCACGGUCAAAGGUCCUGAUUCUCCUGGGGAGCUUCAGUCAUCCUGAUAUUUGUUGGAGAGAUAACACAGCCCCUGCACAGGCUGGAAGUCCAGGAAGCUCCUGCAGAUCAUUGAGAAUAACUUUUUGAUACAAGGUGGAGGAGCCAAGGAGGAGAGCUGUUGGGUGUUCCUGGCUCUUGGGAGGUGCUUUAAAUCUGACUGCCAGAGCCGUGGGCUGCUGAGAGCAGAAGCUGCCUGCACGAUGCUGAGCUCAGGUCUUCCUCCCGUCCUCCUGGUGCUCUCAGUGCUGGAGCUGAGCUGGUGCCUGAGUGAUGAAGAAAAGAUCAUCUUGGAUGAACAUAACAAAUAUCGCUCCCAGGUCUCUCCUCCUGCCAAGGCUAUGAUGAAGAUGACCUGGGACACGGACCUGGAGGUCGGUGCUCAAUCCUAUGCAGAGAAGUGCAAGUGGGACCAUAACGGGAGCCUAGGCAGGUUAAACCUCUUUGCUACGGCUUCAGCCCUGGAUGUAAAAUUGGCCAUUGAAGAAUGGAAUGGGGAGGAGAAAUUCUACAACGUGACAGCAUCCGAGUGCGUCCCCGGGCAGUCGUGUGACAACUACAUCCAGGUGAUCUGGGCAGAAACAACUCGUGUUGGCUGUGGGAGCAGUUGUUGUGAGAAGAUCGAUGGAAUCGAAACAGAGAGCAUGCACCUGCUUGUUUGCAACUAUUAUCCCGGGAGUAAUAUAAAGGAAAAAAAGCCCUACCGGGAAGGACCCUCGUGUGAAAUGUGUCCCAGGAGCACAGUCUGUGUGAACAACCUGUGUGAAGAACAGGAGACAAACUCGGACCAGACAAGUGUGGAUCUGCCCAAAGGAGGAGCCCCCAGUACCUGCUUGGGCCUUUCGCUCUUCCUCCUCCCCAGUGCCAUCCUGGUGGGCCUUCUGCUCUGAAGGGUCUUCCUCAGCUGUCCCUGCACCCCUCAGCAAGGCUUUUGUCAGCGCUGGUUGUUCCACAGCCCUGGGAGGCUCAGGAGACUCCUUGGACAAUUCACAGCUCCCUCCUUACGCUGCCUUCUCUGCUGCAGCCCCGGGCAGCCAAGGGCAGCCAGCAGUGCUUGGGGGAACUUUGUCCCCUUCCUGAGGAGACCUGAGGGCAGGAGGGUGUUUGCCAUAAUGCUGGUGACCUUGGAUGCUUCUCCUUUUUCCUGGCUUCUGUUCCAUUUCCAGGCUGGAAGUGUUGAGCUCUCCCAAGCACCCACAGAUCCCUAUGGCUGGCAGGCCCUGCCACAGCCUGACCCCGGGGACAGCAGGGUGACUUGGGGACAAUGAGAC